AUGGCUUCCUCGAAUAGACACUGGCCAAGCAUGUUCAAGUCCAAACCUCAUCAUCAUCAAUGGCAACACGACAUAAACUCUCCUCUCUUGCCUUCUCCUGCUUCCCACCGUUCUUCUCCCUUCUCAGAUGUGAUUUUGUUAAAAGGGUGUGAGGUGGAAAGGAGUCCAGAGCCAAAACCAAGAUGGAAUCCGAAGCCAGAGCAGAUUAGGAUACUCGAAGCAAUCUUCAACUCAGGGAUGGUGAAUCCACCGAGAGAGGAGAUCAGAAGGAUUAGGGCUCAGCUUCAAGAAUACGGCCAAGUCGGUGACGCUAACGUUUUCUAUUGGUUCCAAAACCGCAAAUCCCGUAGCAAACACAAACUCCGCCUCCUCCAUAACCACUCUAAACACUCCCUCCCUCCUCCACAACCACAGCCUCAGCCUCAGCCUCUUUCCUCAGCUUCCUCUUCAUCUUCCUCCUCCUCAUCAUCCUCCAAAUCCACCAAACCCCGCAAAACCAAGAACAAGAACAACAACAACAACACUACUCUCUCUUUGGGUGGUAGUCAAAUGAUGGGGAUGUUUCCACCUGAAGCUUCCUUUCUUUUUCCGGCUUCCACCGUUGGAGGGUUUGAAGGUAUCCCCGUCUCAUCCCAAUUAGGGUUUUUCCCCGGUGAUAUGGUCGAGCAACAACCAAAACAGGCUCCUCCAACGGUGGAGCCAUGUACCGGUAUCCUCCUUAGCGAGAUUAUGAACGGUAGUGUGGGUUAUGGAACUCAUAACCAUCAACAAUUGAGUGAGAAAGAAGAUGAUGAAAUGAGGAUGAAGAUGUUGCAACAACCACAGCCUCAGAUUUGUUACGCUGCUACUAGUGAUCAUCAAAUCAGUUCUUACAACAACAACAACAACAACAUCAUGCUUCAUGCUCCUCCCACUACUAGUACUACUACAACUUCAAAUCCUCUUGCUAUUGUCCCAUCAACUUUGGACCAACUUCAAGUUCAAGCAGCGAGUGCGAGAAUAAGGGUGUUCAUCAAUGAAAUGGAGUUUGAGGUGAGCCAAGGACCGUUUAAUGUGAGAGAUGCAUUUGGUGAAGAGGUUGUUCUCAUUAAUUCCGCGGGUCAGGCCAUUGUCACUGAUGAAUAUGGCGUCGCUCUUCACCCUCUUCAACACGGAGCCUCCUACUAUCUGGUUCUGUUUCUUCUCUUAGCCUCUUUGUUUUCCUUUAAUAAAUGUUUAUGCAUUACAUUCACUUAA